AUGACGGGGAAAUCAGCCCCUCCAGCCAAAAAACCCGCCCCGGCAGCUGCCAAGAAAAAGGCAGCGCCGGCCCCCAAGGAAAAGGCAGCCCCAAAGGAAGAAGCGGCCCCAAAGGAAGAACCGACCCCCAAGGAAGAACCGACUCCCAAGGAAGAAGCCGCCCCAGCCCCAGCUGCUGAAGAGCCCCCAGCCCCCACAGAAGCCGCUCCCACUCCCCCAGAAGCCGGAGCAGAAGCCACUCCAGCCCCCGAGGAAGGUUCCCCAGCCCCCCCAGCCGAACCCCCGGCCCCCGAACCUGAACCCCAGCCGGAGAAGCCCAAGGAAGAGCCACCCAGCUCCCCCCUGUCCUUGGCCGUGGAGGAGGUGAGUGAGAAUUCCUUCACGCUGACCUGGAAAGCCCCGGAGCACACGGGCAAGGCGGGCCUGGAUGGAUACCUGGUGGAGAUCUGCAAGGAUGGAAGUUCUGACUGGAAAGCUGUGAACCAGGAGCCUUUUCUUUCCACGCGCUACACGGUCCCAAACCUCAGCUCCGGGGACAAGAUCCACGUGCGGGUGACGGCCGUCGGUGCCAGCGGCUCCAGCGCCCCUGCCACGCUGGAGCAGCCUGUGCUCAUCAGGGAGAUCCUCC